AUGGACAUGUUUAAGAGCAAACGUUUAAAGAACGUUUCAAAUCCGUUCAAGUCUAAUAAGUCGUCAAAUGGUGAAUCCAAAGGUAGUGCGACUAAACAAUCUAAAACGGCACCAAUAUCCAAGAACAUCAAUGUCCCACAAAUUCCAUCUGUUUCUUCAAACUCGAAGCUUUUCAAUAUCAGAGAAUUAUUUAAUUUUGGUAUGAAUGGGAAGGUAAUUUCUCUCGCAUUUGAUUAUACACAGAGUUUAUUAGCUCUUGCGACAGAGACAGGAGAACUUCAUAUAUACGGUCAAAAUCAAGUAGAAGUUAUUUUUUCUGUUCAAACCAAGGCACCUAUUGUUAGAAUGAGCUUUGUCAAGGGGAUCUAUCUUGUCGCUGUUGAUGCCAAAGAUACAAUUUUAGUCAUGUCCAUUUAUUCUAAAAAAGUUUUAACUACAGUGUUUUCUCCAAGUAAAGUUACAUGUAUGGAAACGGAUCCAUCAUUAGAUUGGGUUCUAUUUGGUCUUCAAAGUGGGAGUGUUAUUAUUUAUGAUAUUGAUCGUAAUCAGAUGUCAACGACAAAAAUCGAAAACCUUCAAAAGAGUAAAUUCUUUCCUAAGGAUCGUUUAUCUCCAGUUGUAUCCAUUCAAUGGAAUCCAAGAGAUGUUGGCACAAUUUUGAUUUCUUACGAGCAGGUGACUGUAACCUACUCGCUAAUUGAUGCUGAAAUUAAACAACAAUUUAUAUAUGAUUUACCUCCAUUUGCACCAGGCGGUGACCCUUCUAAAAAUGUGGAUCAAUUAAGGAGACCCACAGUUAUUCAAUCUCUUUAUCAUCCUAAUUCUUUGCAUAUACUCACAGUGCAUGCUGAUAAUUCGUUGGUAUUUUGGGAUGCAAAUACGGGACAAUUAAUACAAGCACGUUCACUUCUCGAAACUGAUGUGAAUAUUCCCCAACAAGGUUUGAUAAAUAAUCCAUCAAAGGAGGCCAAACCAGAUAUUGUAAAAAUAGCAUGGAUUGCUCAAAAUAAUCCAGAGUAUACUUCUCUUCUAAUAGCGACGAAAUCUCGUAUGGGGACAGAACUUUUGCAAGGUUUUACUAUGAUUGAUUUAGGUGGUACACCUCUUUACACAAUAACAUCUUAUGAUGGUAUGAGUAAUUAUUAUUCAAAGACAACUAAGGAAAAAUAUUUCGUUUUAAAUAAUAAGUCCCCAAUGGAAACAUUUCUCCCAAUUCCUAGAAGAUCUCCAUAUUUUGCAGGAUGUCACGAUCCAGGUUUUAUUUUGAUACUGUUAGAAGAUGGAGAAGUUGAAACAUUGUUAUAUCCUUCUGGAUUCUUUACCUCUAAAGCAUCUUUAUUCCCGCCAAAUCUUUCCUGGAUCAGACCUGCUGUGACAAAGUCAAUGGCAGUGGCGGUUCCAAAAAAAGUUUGGCUCGGUAUGAUGUCCGCCAAUGCAAAUAAGGAUUCCCUAUUAAAAGGUGGUAUGCUUGCUAAGAAACCGAUAAGAAGACAAGAAUUUAGAUCUGCGAUAGUCACAGGACAUACAAACGGGUCAGUUCGUAUCUGGGAUGCAUCCCAUGGUGAAAUUGAUGAUGCUGUUGUUUUCGAUAUCAAUGUGGCCCAAAUCUUAAACAGGUCCAUCCAUAUAUCCGUUGAACAAAUAUCGUUUGCCACUGAAACUUUAGAAUUAGCUAUGGCAGUAGAGACAGGCGAUGUUGUUUUAUUUAAAUUUGAGACAAAUCAAUUUUUUGAUCCUCAGAAUCAAAAUAAAGCAAAAGAUUUAGAGAUGGAAUUUAGAAGGUUCUCCUUGAAUGAUUACAAACAGAUCUUAAUUGAUGUUAGGUCUAGAGCCUCCAAGUUGGUAAAGCAGGGGUUUAUGCCAAGCACUGUCGUCCAUGCAAAUAAAGGUAAGGUUUCUGCCCUAAAGAAUAGUAAUAUUGGGUUCGUUGGUAUAGGUUAUGAAGAUGGUACGUUUUAUGUCAUUGAUAGACGUGGCCCUGCAAUCAUAUAUGGCGAAAAUAUGAGACACAUUCCUGGAAUCAGAAGUCAAUCAGUGACGUCUGUUGAAUUUGCCAUCAUGGAAUAUGGAGAAGAUGGAUAUUCUAGUAUUUUACUAUUUUGUGGAACAGAUGCGGGAGAAUUAAUUACGUAUAAAAUUUUGCCAGAGGUUGGCGGAAGAUUUGGAGUUCAAUUUGUGGAAGUAAUAAGAUCAAAUGAUCACGGCUCAGUAUUAGAAAUUGAGGCAUUUGCUAAAGAUACACAUAUGAGCUGUAGUGCCACCAUUGCUAAGAUGCAAGCAUUAAGUAAAGGUCUUCCAGUGGCAGGUUACGUGUCGGUGUCUGGUCUUAACGAUGUCAGGAUCUUGAAAAUGGGUAAAUCCAAGGAAUCUCAUAAAUCAUUCAAAUACCCACUAGCGGCAACCGGUGUAUCAACGGUACCUAUUUUGAGCCCUAAAGAGGGUAGAAAGUUCAAGACGGUGUUGACAACUUUGUUAGUGAACGGUGAUAUCAAAAUCUUUUCAGUUCCUGACUUGAAAGAACUAAAAUCAUCACAUUCUCCUGCACCUGUGCAUUCACAAUAUAUAAGAGGUUCAUCUGUAUUGAGUAAUGGGGAGGUUGCCGUUAGAGUGAGUCAAUAUAAGAUGACAUUAUUAACAAUUGUGAGUGAAGAUGCUCUUGGUUCAUCAUCCACUGAUAAUAAUGCGACAGAUACAUUAUACAACCCUAAUUUGAGGAUACCAUAUAGACCACAAGUGAACACUUUACAAUGGGCAAGAGGAACUGUUUAUUGUACACCUGAUCAACUAGAUUUGUUACUGGGUGGGGAGAGAAGAUCUGCUUCGAAGUAUAAGGAAAGUGCUAUUGCAAAUGGUACCCUUACUUUGAAGCCAACUACAGGAUCCAAUGGGAGAGAUGCGCUUCAGGAACAUGGAUACACGAAACCUAUAAGGCAUGCUACGAAGGGUCGUUAUAGUGUUUUGAAGAGUGUUAGUCGUACAGUGGAAACACAUUGGGAUGCCUUGGAGGAUGGAUUUAAUGAUUAUGCUACGGCACUUGGUGAAGGCAUGAAUGAUGCUGUUGAGCAGACCGGUAAGGACAUUGUGAAGGGAUCACUUGGAAUAUGA